CACGUGAUGCAACUGCCAGCGAAGAAGGGAAAGGGGCGUGGCCCGGGUCGGAGGGGCGGGGCGGCCCUCCUUCCCCUCGGGUCACGCGCGGCCGGAAGUGGCGCCCGCAACGGAGUAUUGGCGAUGGGGACUUCCCUGGACAUUAAGAUUAAAAGAGCGAACAAGGUUUAUCAUGCCGGGGAGAUGCUCUCAGGUGUGGUGGUUGUAUCUGGUAAGGACUCGGUCCAGCACCAGGGAGUCUCUCUGACGGUGGAAGGAUCCGUGAACCUACAGCUCAGCGCCAAGAGUGUGGGUGUGUUCGAAGCUUUCUAUAAUUCCGUUAAGCCUAUCCAGAUCAUCAACAGCACCAUCGAGAUGGUGAAGCCAGGGAAAUUUCCCCCCGGGAAAACAGAAAUUCCUUUUGAAUUUCCUCUGCAUGUGAAGGGUAACAAGGUUCUGUAUGAGACCUACCAUGGCGUGUUUGUCAACAUUCAGUACACCCUGCGCUGUGACAUGAGGCGGUCUCUGUUGGCCAAGGACUUGACAAAGACCUGUGAAUUCAUCGUUCACUCUGCUCCUCAGAAGGGGAAACUGACUCCGAGCCCUGUGGACUUCACCAUCACACCUGAAACCUUACAGAAUGUCAAAGAGAGGGCCUUGCUCCCCAAAUUUCUCAUCAGAGGACAUCUCAACUCAACCAACUGUGUCAUCACACAGCCACUAACAGGAGAGCUGGUGGUGGAGAGCUCAGAGGCCGCCAUCAAGAGCAUAGAGCUGCAGCUGGUGCGCGUGGAGACCUGUGGGUGUGCAGAAGGGUAUGCCCGCGAUGCCACAGAGAUCCAGAAUAUCCAGAUCGCCGAUGGGGAUGUCUGUCGGGGCUUGGCUGUCCCCAUAUACAUGGUCUUCCCCCGGCUCUUCACCUGCCCUACGCUGGAGACCACCAAUUUCAAAGUGGAAUUCGAGGUGAACAUCGUUGUGCUGCUCCACGCUGAUCAUCUCAUCACGGAGAACUUCCCGCUGAAGCUCUGCAGGAUGUAGUGGGAGGAGGG